AUGGUCUUAUGCCGAGGAGGAUGUGGCACUAACCCAAAAGAUGAAUCAGCACAAACCCGACACCACAAAAUCUGCCCCGGCUACCAGGAGUACAUCGCGCGGAUGGGCCAGGCAUUUAGACAAGACCUAUCGGCUGGCUCAUCAUCAUCCUCGGCUCCCCCACCACUUGGAUUUGCUGCUCGUAAACGGGUCAGCACCAUCACGGCUUCAAUACGGUCGAAUGAAAAACGACCUCAAACUCUUGCUAUCCGAAAGCUCCGCCUUCUGGGACCACACAAACCUGCAAACCUGCCUUCAGCAAUGAUUCAAACACUAUCGCAAGCGAACGACAACGGUCUCAGCACAGACACCAUGCUGGUUGACGAUGAGCCACUGCAAUUGAGCUCGUUGGAACCUGUCCAACAUCAUAGUCUUGCCCAGGCGCCGAGCGGCGAGCAACCAGACUCUUCUGAAUCCGCGCAGACUGGAGUUGAGUCCAACGUUGAGUAUGCAGUCCCACCACCUCCCAGGCCCACAAUUCGAAUUCGGAUUCCUGCGCGCCUACGAGAGCUACUCCCCGAACGACCUACAAUGCAACCCGCUGGUCCAGCAAGUCCCCCCUCCUAUGAUUUGCCUUCAGUUCGGCUGAUUGUUCGUGAUACGUUCAAAACGACAAUGAAUAUAUUCAACCUCUGGCGGUCCUAUCUUCAUCGACCAACUCACGACCCCGAUUCCUUGCUCUCGGCAGAUGACCUCUCUGAUCCGCACCAACCCGAAUCACCUUCGUUACCUUCUCCCAUUCCUGAUACCGCAAUUCCCGCAACAUCGAAUCGGAGUGUCUCACUAUUGAUGGCGUGGCAAAACAACGGCCAUACCACGAAAUCCGCAAGUCAGCUGAAAACACUCGUACACGAUGUACUGAGGCACCCUGACUUCGAUGUCAGAGAUCUUCCCAAGAACUUUGACCCCGCUCGUGCUGAGAAACAAGCGGACAAAGUUGCAGAGCAGGCCUUUCCAUGGGUGAAAGAUUUCAAGCACGAGACCAUCGAGAUUGAGGUCCCAUCGGGCUUGAAGGAUGUACCCCCCAAGACCUUCGCAAUCCCAGGUCUCCAAUACCGCAGCUUGGUUUCGGUUAUCACUGCCGCCUUUAAAAGUCCCCUCGCCCUUCGAUUCCAUCUGUCACCAUUUAAGCUGUUCCAUCGUGUGCACGGAACAACAGACGACAUUCGGGUUUACAGUGAAUUAUACAACUCCGAGGUCUUCUUGGCGGAACACGACAAUGUUCGCGUUCGUGGGGAGUUGCCACCAGAUGGCCAAGACUGCAAACUGGAGAGAGUUGUUGCGGCAUUGAUGUUUUGGUCCGACUCGACUCAUCUGGCGAAUUUUGGUAUGGCGAAGCUGUGGCCUAUAUACAUGCUAUUUGGAAAUUUGUCAAAAUAUAUCCGCGACAAGCCCCAGUCUGGCGCUGAACACCAUAUUGCGUUCAUUCCCUCGCUUCCCGAUUUCGUUCAUGACACACUCAAGGAUUGGCACCCAAAGUGGAGAACGCAGAAGAGGCACAUUCUCGCGCAUUGCAAACGGGAGUUAAUGCAUGCAGUGUGGAGAUUUCUUCUCGACGACGAAUUUCUCCAUGCAUAUCGCUAUGGCAUUGUAAUAGUUUGUGCUGACGGCAAGGCCCGUCGUGUAUACCCACGAAUCUUUACCUACUCAGCGGACUAUCCAGAAAAAGUACUUCUUGCAACAGUCCGGGACGGCGGCCUGUGUCCCUGCCCUCGAUGUCUAGUCACCAAGAAGGAAAUCCAUAUCAUGGGCUUUGUGCGCGAUAUCAAGUCCCGCAUGUCCAACGCGCGCCAAUAUCUCUUCGACAAGGUCAAAUCUGCGCGAGAUUUCAUCUACAAUCUUGGUCUCAGCAUUACUUCCGACAAGGUGGAGGAUUUGCUCAAAGAGACCUCGUCUGUGCCCACGAUUAAUGCAUUUCUCGACCGUCUUGGACAAGACUUUGAUCUUCAUCGCAUGCUUGUCGUUGACUUUAUGCAUGAAUUUGAGCUCGGAGUUUGGAAGAACUUCUUUAUCCAUUUAAUCCGCCUUCUCUACGCGCUACCAGACGGUGUCAACAAAGUUUCUGAGCUUGACCGCCGUUAUCGGCAGACUCCGACCUUUGGCGUAGACACAAUCCGUCGAUUCGCAAACAAUGCCUCCGAGAUGAAGAAGCUCGGGGCUCGAGACUUUGAAGACCUCUUGCAGUGUGCAAUACCGGCUUUCAAUGGACUAUUCCCCGAGCCCCAUAACAAGCGUCUACUUCGACUUCUAUUUCGAUUGGCUGAAUGGCAUUCUUUUGCAAAACUUCGGAUGCACACAGAGCCCACCAUCGAGCAUCUGCGACGGUUGACAUCGGAGAUGGGUCGACUGAUGAGGGAAUUCCGGUUGACUACAUGCAACGACUUGGUGGCUUAUGAGCUCCCCAAAGAAGUUGCUGCGCGAAGUCGGACUGCAACUAAGAAGGCUGCAAAAUCUGCGGCAGCCACUGGUGACUCCACACUGGCACCACCAGAUGCACAACCGCAGGCUCGGACGACCAAGAAAGUCAAGACGCUCAGUCUCAGCACGUAUAAAUGGCACGCGAUGGGAGACUACCCCGGUACAAUCCCGCUAUUCGGCCCAACAGAUAUAUAUUCAACGCGAUAUGGCGAGGCGCUGCAUCGACAGCUCAAGCGCCUAUAUGCAGUCACAAACAAGCGUGACCAUACAGAGCAAGUUGCUAAACGCCUUGUGCGCUUGCAGCGUACUCGGCUUAACUCGACAAUCAAGAAUGACCAACGCCGCCACUUUACUUUGACCACCAGUCGAAGACGCUGCAACAUUGACCUCGCAUAUGAGGAUCCAUAUGGCGCCGGCCCAACAGCCAUUCACUACGCAAUAUCUGAUGUACGACGCAAGCCGGACGAUGUCUUGGAAUUCUCGAGCCCACACAAACGGGACCCAGCGUUGACGAACUUUGUGCCCAAACUAAAAGACCAUCUACUUGGGCGACUGCUUCAGCGGGACUUCGACGGGGAUGACCACGACGACUACACUGAUGAAGAUCGCCGCUCACUCAUUAUUCACGACAACAAAAUCUAUUCAACCCAGCUCCUCAGAAUCAAUUACACGACAUACGAUGUUCGGCGCGCUCAAGACGUCAUCAACGCGCGCGUCCAUCCAUUUGUUAUGUACUGGUAUGCUCAGGUCCUUCGUAUAUUCAAUGCGACUGUCUUCCGGAUGGAGAAGUCGGGUGCUUUCUCGCGGGCAACUCGGAUGGAGUUUUUAUGGGUACGAUGGAUGGGAGAUCAGCCAGGCUAUCGGUCGAGCAUCAAACAGGCGCGAUUGCCCAAGGUCGGCUUUGUUCCCGACACAGAUGCAUACGCGUUUGGAUUUCUGGAUCCAGACCAGGUUAUCCGCGCUGCACAUUUGAUACCUGACUUUCAAAGUGGACAGACCAGCUUUUUACUCGACACUCUAGAGCCAACGCUGGCUCGUAUCGGGGACGAAAUUGCGGACUAUCAGUCCUUUUAUGUGAACAUCUUUCCGGACCGAGAUAUGAUUAUGCGUUAUAUCGGAGGGGGUAUUGGUCAUGUCGACACUGGAGCACUCGAUGGGAAGGAUAUUGAAGAGCAAAAGGAUGACGAUGUCGGCUUGGACCAACUUGCGGACGAUGCAUCUGACUCGGAGUCAGUCUUAGGUUCGGAAAACAGCCUUUGGGGCAGCGACGAUGACCGCGAUGAUGAAGGCAGCGACGAUGACGAAGGAGGGUUCUCAGAUAUACAAGACAAUGAGGGAGAGGCAAUGGACUAUGGGUCAGAUUAA